CUGAAACAUUUGAGCAUCUUGCGGUGCCGGCAUGUUGGUUUUUGACGGUUUUGACAAUCACGAGAGUUCUUAAGUUUCGCCUAUAUUUUUGAGAUCAUGGACAAAGAAAGUUAUGCCGACAACAACGAAGAAGCGAAGGAUCGGACACGAUGUUUUGUCUGCGACGCUGAUGUCAAGGGUCGCUUUUAUUCUUUGGCCAAUUGCAGAACGCAAAACUCGCGGACCAGGGUAAUCGAGAAACUCGGAGAAUUAGUUGGCGAGGGAUACAUGGUCGUAAUAACCGAGGAAGAUGUGAUCUGCCGUAGUUGCGGUAUGCUCGUUAACACCCUAGAUAGAUUGGAGAUUGAAAUGCGUAAGACGCGGAACCAUAUUCUGCGCUUUUUAGAACAAAAGUAUUCUCUGAACGAAGGAGAGCUCCGCGGUAGUGGUGACAAACCAAAACCAUGUCAACCGCCCCAGAUCACGAGAUCUGGGGUAAAAGAGAUUGUCUGUAGCAUCGAACCGAACGAAAAUGACUCAAAUCCAGGAUGUAAGAAAAUACAAUCAAAAUCUUAUUCUUUGCUGCAAUGCGAUAAGUGUAAAUACACUACAGAUCUUGAUUCAUUCAUGGUAUAUCACUUGAGGAAUCAUAUGAAGGAACUCGUAUCUUGUGACAACUGUGGGAACACAAUGCUUGAGGUUGCAAAACAUAAUUGUAACAAGGCAAAUAGCUUAGGAAACAAGGAGAAUGAAACAGAUAAUUCUGACGUUGUUAGUAAGUAUGAAUCAGUACAGGCAACACUUUCGAAGCCAACUCAAAUGUUGCCUUUUACUCAAACUAUGCCACCGCCACUGAUAGCUUUCUCAAAUUGUAAUCCUCUGUAUGACGCCUCUACGUUACCAAUAAGUGAUUCCACGUCCUCUCAGGAACCAGUGUACGUCCUGCAAUCGAUCGACGUGGCUGAUACUGAUAACUCAAAGAAGAUGACAAAAUUAGACUCAAAUCUUAUACAAAAAACGCAAGUGAAAGAUAAGAAUACAAAACAGGUGUUGACUGUGAAAGAGGAUGGAAGUCUGUUAAUGGUAGAAGUACCAGUGUCCUGGAAAGCAAAAACGCCGAUUAUUAAUCCAUUGACGUUCGAGCAAUUAUAGAAGAUUUAAGUAGAGUUGCAACGAAUAUUAGAUAACUUUGGCGCUCUGGCU